UGACGUCAUGAUAACGUACGUGACAUCUGCAGGAGUUGAUGCAGUUCCCGCCUACUUGAGCAGCAGACGACAUAAUUUCAGUAGACGUUGUGGUUCGUAGUCGUACUUUGUUCUCGUAGAAUCUAGAUUGUUGAGGCUGGUGAGCCAAACAAGAUAACCUGUUUUAACAACGCUUGUUCGUUGCAUUUUCUCUAUCGUUUUAAGUCUUCCUGUUUGGCAUGUUUCAUUUGUGUUGAAAAACAACAACAAAAGCUGCGGACAUUGCAAUUAUAAUUAAGACUCGUUCACGCAUUAUUGUUAUUUUUUUAAAUAUUUACUAUUUUUAGUUGCUAUAAUUAAAUUUGUUUCUACAAAAAUCAGAAAACGCUUUUCAAGAGCAAUAAGCACAGCCACAGGUGGAUGAGGUGGAACCUUUGGCCGAUGAGCCAAGUACAGGAUGACCUUAGUUUUGCCAGCGUUUUGUAGUAACCACCCUCCCAACUCAAACUUAUCUCUAUUUCCCGAGAGUACCACCAUCUCAAGUAUGCCUUGUGGUUUUGACAGCGAACCUUUGGAAUUUGAGUCGGUGUUGUUUUCAGGCGAGUGGCCGUCAUCGUUACGGGACAUGCCCGGGUCAACACAGGACAGUGACUCAUUGAAAACUGCCCCAGGGUCAUCUGGUGGCGACGUAUCUGAAGGCCGAGAGCUGCCCUCUAGUGACAACAAGAGAAAGUUUCCUCGGGUUGAAGAAUUGGGCGUAAAGCGUGCGAAGAAAGAAGACGAUGUUGACAGUUAUGUUGACGUUAAAGAAGAGAAAACAGAUGUUGAUCCGGUUAAUACUGUUCUAGUGUCAGACUUGGAUGUGAAAAGUGUUGGCCAACAGUUAGAACAAGGUCAAGAUGAAGAAAUGCCUAUUGAUGAUCUGUUACUUCCUCCUCGACGGCGUGUGCCACAACUGUGGAGUACACGCAUGCGUUGGAAAGACGAACGGCGAAAGGUAUUAAAGUUGUCGAUGAACAAGUUACGGCGCAUUAAGGAUCCCGAGGCUUCUUUGUGUCGUUCAGUACUCAUCAACAACACCGUCAAAUAUUUGCAACAGGAGAUCCGUGAAGAAAAAAAUGCUGGCCACCGUGUGGUGGGAAGAAACAAUUAUAUCUCAGACUCCAGCCCGUCUUCCGCUUGUGAACCAUUCUCUUCACACCCAACUUCCCGAAGUUGGGCUUUCGAUGCUGAGCCCACUGACGUUAUUCCUCGAAAAUCUCGCAGUGAUUCAGUUUCCUUCUCUCCAAGCAGUAGCGUAGGGGAAGACACGACCAACUACGAUGAAAUAUUCUGUUUGGACGAAGACGUGUUACGAGUUGAUUUUCCCAGUAGACACUCUCAGCCGCAAUCAAACAGCGGAUCCGUUUCUGGUCAGUUAGCUAGCUGUGACUCAGUAGCCUCCUGCACGUGCACCGCCUCAAGCGGCAGCAAUAGCGUAGUUAUUGCAUGUUCCAAACCUCAUUCAUCCAGUCACAAAGGAAAGAAUCUGGACGACUAUAGUUCACGCCGUCAGACAGCUUCUCCCAACCCAUGUGCCACACAAUACCGCAUCAACCAUGAGUCAUACCUCUCCGACGUGUCGGUGCUGGACUCGGUUGUGUAUCAAAGUCUUUUAGCAUCAUUGGAAUCGUGAGAGCAGUGUAACAAUCAGUCUUAAAAUAACGUGUUAAAAUUGUGAUUAUUUGUCAGUUAAUCGGCCGAACAAUACCACGUUGCUACUCCAUUCUAUCCACCAUUCUUCGCCAUAUAAGUAGGCAAGGACAAACAAAUAGCUUCAUGGAGGCAGCCGUAAAGUUGGUUUUGUAUAUUAAUACAUAUAUGUACAUUGUCGUUGGCCUAUUUCCACCACAGAUUUGUCUAGGUGAGUGAAAAGGAGAGAUCAGUCAGGCUGCGGAAUGUGGGUCGCUAGGGGGUACUGACCUGGUUUAUUAAGACCACAACUAAACAACAGCUAUAAGGAAACUGUUCCUAGGCAAGCUGUUCCGUAAACCAAAUGGCCUAGAACAUAUUGACUUUAUCCUCGUACAUUAAACCAGUUUAAUGUCAGCUAGAACUUUCACACCUGGCUGCACACUUCCGGUAUUGAUAAUUAAAUGUUAAUUAAUCCAAUUUAGAGAGGGUUAAUUAGAUGUUUUCAGUUGUUUUUUUUUGUUUCUCAUGUUCAGCUCUUAAAAAUAUAAUAAGUGCCCCCCGACAUAUUUAU